CUGCUACAGCAUGGGAGGUGCUUACUCCGGUGAGAAGAUGGCAGGAGUUUUUUCCUACGAGAGCUCGGAGAUCGACUGGUGUGAAGACAACUACAAACACUCCGAACACGUAGCCGAAUUCUUCAACACUAUCAGCAGCUUCUUCUUCUUCAUCAUCUCUCCCAUCAUGCUCUACCUUCUGCAUCCUUACGCCAAAGAGAGGAACCUGGCCAUCCACAUAGUCUGGGUCAUGAUGAUAUUUGUAGGUCUGUUCUCUGCAUAUUUCCACAUGACUCUCAGUUUCGUCGGACAGAUGCUGGAUGAGUUAUCAAUCCUGUGGGUGUUAGCAGUGGGAUAUGCAGUCUGGUUCCCUCGCAAGUUCUUCCCUUCGUUUAUAAAGGACAGGUGGACCUUUGCCAGGCUGGUGCUGGUGCUGACCGUCAUCACAUCGGUGUCGUCGUUUGUCAAACCCACGGCCAACGCCUACGCUCUGAACUGCUUCGGCCUCCACCUGCUUUACACCCUGAUUGUGGAGAUGAGAUGCUGCACUGACCAGAAGGCUCUGCGUCUGGCCAAGCUGUCGGUGGCGCUGUGGGUGUUGGCUAUCUCCUGCUGGAUUAGUGACCGAUUUGGCUGCAGUUUCUGGCAGAGGCUGAACUUCUGCUACCUGCACAGUAUCUGGCACAUUCUCAUUGUGAUCGCUGUGGCGUACGGCACCACCCUCAUCGCCUACCUGGACGCCAACUACGAGAUCCCGUACUCACUUCCUGGACUUCAGUUCUGGCCUUGUGAUAAGUGGGCGGUGGGUUUACCUCACAUUGUCUUGAAGGGCAAGACCACUAAGACACGGAAACGAUGCUAAUGACGUUACAGCGACGACACUGACAUUUAUAUAGAAGGCCCCGUCGGUGCAGUGAGUGGUUCAUGAGUGAAAUAAUGACCUCCACAAGUAACCGACAGUAUUGUCCAAACUGACCUGUGACCCCACCAUGAAUAUUCAAGGCAGAGGAAUCUGAAUUACUGUCAUUUAUGACUGAUCAGACUGUUCACAGUAGAAUAAGAACAUUGCACAGUUUAUUUUUUAUUAUGACUUACAGUAACCAGGGUUUUCCUACAAUUAUAAGGAAUUAGCUGCAGCACUGACACCAUGUUGGGCAUCAACUAAGUCACAUUAAAGCAGUGUUUCUCAACCUAUUCUGAGAAAAUGCCCCUUUAUGUUAUCAUGACCCUUCUGCUGCCCCCCUAAACUAAUUGUCAAGCGGGGUGGGGGGUGCACACGACGUACCUUAUUGCGGACCUUGUUUUCUUCUUCAAACUAAAACUCAUAGCUGCUUAUUCUUACAGUCGGUAAAAAUAACACUGCAUCUUCUAACCUUUGCGUGCUGCAUCAGCUGAUAGUUUACAUUAUAGCUCUGUUAGCUUAGCUCUGUUAGCUUAGCUCUGUUUUUAGACUGAAAACAGCCACAGUAAAACCACAGAUC